AUGGCGAGCUGGGGACUCGGUGUUGACCAGAGCUGUCUCUUGUGCAACUCUGCUCAAGAAUCGAAGGAUCAUUUGUUUUUCUCAUGCAGCUUUACUUACAGCAUCUGGAGUGAGCUGUUAACCCGUAGCCCUAUCUCCUCUCCUCCGUCACACUGGAAUGAUGUUUUGCUCGCGCUAAAAUCAGGAUCAUACUCACCGGAGUGGCAAUUACUGCUGCAUCUGAUAUGGCAAGCAACCAUCUACUUCUGUUGGUCUGAGCGUAACUCGCGUAUCCAUCGCCCAACUUACCGCUCGACCGCUUCAAUCUCUAGGGAGAUUGACCGCCUCAUUCGUCGCAAAAUCGCAGCGAUCAGACUUAAUGAUCCGGCUUUCUCCUCUGCUCUGUUCUAA